CAUAACAUCUCAAUUUUUAUAAAUGGUACAAGAAGAAAAAUUGUGCUAAUAAUUCAGCUGUUCCAUCACCGACUCUCCGAGGGAUCGUCUCAAUCUGUUUCAGUUUAACGUGAUGCAUUGCUUACCCUUUAGCUGCACUUGACUUAAUGUUAAGCCCAAUAGAAACACCUGUACAGUUUCAACAGGUGUACAGGUUUUGUAUAGGUGAGUUGAACAGAUACAACUGGGCAGAAUGGUGACCUUUGAGUCAGGCGACAUCACAGAGGAGGAGGCUGCCCUCUACGACCGGCAGAUCCGACUUUGGGGACUGGACGCCCAAAAACGGCUGCGGUCCGCCCGUGUCCUGCUGAUACACAUGGGCGGCCUUGGAGCGGAGGUGGCCAAAAACCUGAUCCUGGCCGGCGUCAAGUCGCUCACCAUGCUCGACCCGAACCCGGUGACGUCUUCCGAGGCCAGCUGCCAGUUCUUUGUGCCUGCCGGACAGAUCGGAGCCAACCGGGCCGAGGUCUCGGUGGAGCGCGCCCAGCGUCUGAACCCGAUGGUCUCCGUCACGGCCGAGAAGACUCCCAGCACCCAGCUCACCGAGGAACAGGUGGCGCGGUACGAUGUGCUCGUCGCCACCGGCUGCCCCGACUCGGAGCUGACGCGGCUGAACGCGCUCUGCCGGCGACGCGGCGUCCUCUUUCUGGCCGGAGACGUGUACGGCUUCUGCGGGUUCAUGUUCGCCGACCUGGGACGUCAUGAAUUUGCCGAAGAGGUUCCCGUGCUGGCCCGGCCCUCUGGCGAGCCGGCACAGAAGCGACCCCGCACCGAGCAGCCCGAGAGCCGUACGGUGAAGCGCACACUGCAGUUCACCCCGCUAGAGGACGCCCUCGGCGUCGACUGGAACGCGGAGGACCGACGCAAGACGCUCAGGAGGACGUCGGACGUCUACUUCAUAAUGCGUGUGUUGCAGGCUUUCCGCGCCGAGGAGGGACGGAGACCACUGGCGACCUCUGCUGACACGGACGCCGCGCGGCUCCUAGCUCUGCGCGACUCGCUGAAGGGCCUGCCGACCGACAAAGUUGGAGACGCGUUUACCAGCCGGUGUCUGGGAGAGCUGAGCCCCGCGUGUGCCGUGGUCGGCGGCGUCCUUGCCCAGGAGGUCAUCAAGGCCGUCAGCCAGAAAGACAAGCCGCUCAGCAACUUUUUCCUCUUCGACGGCUACAACAGCGAGGGGGUGGUGGAGACGAUAGCGGCCUGAGGCGGCCGCGGCGGGCCGUCUUCUAUCGUCAGACCGAGACGCCGGUGGGUCCGCGGCCUCCGCGGUACUCAUCGCUAUCAUCCCCUGUCCCUGUUCAUUGCUCGCCCCCUGUGUGUCGACAUCUCAGAAUACACCGUAUGCAUUCCUGAC